AUGCGUUCCUCCCUCAUCGCCGCCCUCAUGUCCGUCGCCACACUGGCAUCCGCCUUCACCCCCGUGGCUCGCGACACCCAACACCUUGACGUCUUCGUGACCGAAGCUACCCAAGAUUCCCACGCCAUCCAAGUCGUCAUUGGCGAAACGAAAGUCUGCAUCGGUGACAACGGCUUUGCUCCUUGCCAAGCCACCAAACUCUCCAUCACACCGAACGAUGCGACGGUUGAUUUGACUAAGGUCGUUUGCAACGCGUUCAGUGAUACCGGGGCUACGUACCCACUGGGAACUUUUGGUGUAUAUGACGAGUUGGAUUUUGGUGCGGUGACGGCGGUGGGGAGUGUGGUUUUUCAUUAA